CCUGGGCAGAGGAAGAGUUAGCUGAGGAGGUCAGCUGCUCAGAGCUCAGUAGGAGAGCCAACCUGCAUUCAUUAACGAUGGUGUGGAAGAUCAUCUGGCCACUGCAAGCAUGCAGACUUCUCCUAGUGAUUUUAUCUUUGCCACAAGGGAGGACAAGUUCUGUUUUAACUGUGAAUGGUAAAACUGAGAACUAUGUCCUGGACACCACAUCUGGUGGCCAAGCAUCUCUGGAAUGUGCUGUUCAAAACCACACCAGAGAUGAAGAACUUCUCUGGUACCGAGAAGAUGGAAGAGUGGAUUUGAAAACUGAAAACAAAAUCAACAGCAGCUCUGUCUGUGUCUCUUCCAUCAGCGAAAAGGACGAUGGAGUCCGCUUUACCUGCAGGCUGCAGAGUGAUCAGCAGGUGUCGGUCUCCGUGGUGCUCAAUGUUACUUUUCCUCCUCUUCUAAGCGGAGAUGCCUUCCAAACUGUAGGGGAAGGCAGUGAUGUAAGGUUGGUUUGCAACGUGAAAUCCAACCCCCCAGCGCAAAUGGCAUGGCAUAAAAACAACAGCAUCCUGAUUUUAGAGAAAGGCCGUCACCAAAUCCAUGAGACAAGAGAAUCUUUUCAGUUGUCCAUCACCAAAGUCAAGAAAUCUGACAACGGAAUCUACAGCUGUAUUGCUAGCUCAUCUCUGAAAACGGAGACCUUGGACUUCCACCUGGUUGUUACAGACAAGGUUCCAGAUUUACCGAAAGAAGCCAUCAUUGCUGCUUGUGUUGUGGUCGUCCUGACACUGGGUUUUGGACUGCUUGCUAGGAGAAAAAGAAUAAUGCAGCUCUGCAUGAAGAAGAAACACCAGAAUACAGACACAGCUCUGUAA